GGGCAGACGUCGAACGUGUGUUUAACGCUCGCGCGCCACUUAAACCAACUCGUCAACGACAUUACGAACGCGUAAAGUUUCGCGGUGAACUGAAACUGUAUGACUUCAGACUUGUACCGUAUUCCUCCGCUGACUUUGAGUGCAUUAUUUUUGAUUAAUAUUCACUGUUUUUAUAAACUUUGUUAUUUCUUCCUGGAUCAUUUUGAUUAUUUUUUUCAAUUGGAUAACACGAUAUAACGUCUAAGCAGAAGACCAAAGUCUUAUACCGAAUCUAUUACAUAUGCGUCGUGGGACUUGAACAUCGAUCAGACUAACUGGUACUGCAGAAUAACCGAUACUUGUUAACUCCUGUAAAUCAAACAUUGAGUAAAAUAUCUAACGGGAAGAUAAAAUGCGACCUCUAUAGGAGGUUUAACGGGCAGUGAUGCUGUUUUUCACAUUUAUUAUCUGUAUAAUAGCCAUCAACAAUGUUUCAUCGAAAAUAGGAUACUUUUGGCACAUCACCGAUAUACACUAUGAUGCAAAUUAUGCAGCGACCGGUGAUUAUGUACAAAGUUGCAAGCGGUCGGUGGUCGAUCCGGAGCUUUUGGUCAUGGAACGGCCCAGUCUACCAUCCGGUGGCGGUAGACUGGGCGACUACGGGUGCGAUUCGCCGUGGACGUUGGUCCAAUCCGCUGUGAAGGCAAUGAAGGAGAAGCACGGAGACAACAUCGAAUUCGUGCUGUGGUCUGGAGAUUCCGUGUCGUCAGACGUGGUGGAUAUGCAUACCCGCGUAAUGGCUAUCCAAAAUGUUACCAAUCUCCUCAUCCAUACGUUUAGCAGCCAGUUUGUAUUUCCGGUACUGGGCCACGAUGAUCCAGGCGCCUUGAAAAACCAGUUGAUAGACUACACAAGUCUUGGACACUAUUGGCGGCAGUGGUUGCCUACCGACGCUAUACAGACGUUCAACAAAGGAGGAUAUUAUACGAUUGAGCAAAAAGGAAAUAAACUUAGGAUAAUUGCGCUCAAUUCAAAUGCAUUUUCGACAGUAGAAAGGCAGCGGAACGUAGUCAACCCUGUAGAACAGCUUGAGUGGUUGGAAAAAAUCUUAUUGAAAUCAGUCAUAAAUAAAGAAACAGUGUACCUAGUGAGUCACAUGUGCCCGGGUGCCAACGAAAGAGACCAGGAUGAGGCGCCUACGUUCAAAGACGACUACAGUGCGAGCUAUAUGGAAAUGAUCCGGAGGUUUGCGAACAUCAUUGUCGGACAGUUUUGUGGUCAUCUGCAUUCCGACACAUUCCGAAUCGUCUACGACCAACACAAAAAACCAGUAUCGUGGAUGAUGGUGGCACCAUCGUUGACGCCUAACAAGUCUCCCGGCGUGUCUAACAACCCUGGCUUAAGACUGUACAAAUUCAACACCAAUUCGGGCCAAAUUAUAGACUACACACAGUACUAUAUCGAUCUGGAUUCAUCACCUAACGGCGAUCCAGAUGACUGGAGAAUUGAGUACAACCUAACGCACUACUACGGACUCCACGAAAUCACGCCUAGGUCUCUGCACGCGAUCGCUGAAACGUUCCAAGACGACGAGUCAGUGCAGUUUGACAGAUACAUAGAAGCCAACUCAGUGCGACAAUUCAAACCCAAAGAUUGCAAUCUGGAAUGUAGGCGAGCACAUUAUUGUGCUGUCACCGAACUCGACUAUAGUCGGUUUCACAGCUGCGUGGAGACAGCCGCUGAGGCACUUUCCGGGUCGAUUCGUCCUCGGAGUGAUGAUGCUUUUUUCAUAACAGCCAUUUUGCUGACCGUCGUGAUGCUGACCCGAUACUGCCACCACUAGCUACUGCUAACACCACUGACAACACAAACAACGUCUAUAGAGACGUCUUCUCACGAAAACGUGUAAUAAUAUUACAACGACAAUAAAGAUCGACUCGACGUUUUUCUAUAUUUCUUUCUCUCUGUAUACAUUUAGCUCUCUUUCUCUCUCUUUCUCGCUCUAUCUCUCUCACACUCUCUCGCUUUACUUGUCUCGACCUCUCGGUAACAAAUCUCUAUGUGUAUAUAAUAUUUAAAAAAAACUCGCACCAGACGUGUUACGGCUUUCGUCAUCAAAAUCGUUUCUCAACGAUCUAUAUAAUAAAUAUAUAUAAUACGGCGAUAUUCUAUAAUGCAUUACUAUAUAAUAUACGCCUUCAUAACCAACUACCCUCCCCCUCCGAAGACCACAGACUUCAAACGCUUGUCUGUUUCCGCCACUGGGUUGGACGCCACGCGAGACAACGGAACGAGAGCAAUUUUUUCUCCAACUUACUACGACGUCGAGUUUGAUUUAUUCCACGUCCAUAUCCGCUGGCUUUUACGUUUGCAGCUGAGACACCUCAAUACGACCAAGAAGGUUUAUUAUUAUUACUAUUUUUUUUCUCUUGUCGAACCUGCCAAUUUUUUUUCUCUUGACUAGACGUCUUGGAUCGUAUAUUUUACCUCCGCAGAUCAGCAAACUGCGAUAAUUUAUUAUUUUUACAUCCGUUAACGAGAAAAUAUGGUGCUCGUCCUACAUAUAUAUAUGUAUAUAUACGUAAUAAGAGCCUAUAUACGUAGUUAUAUUAAAUUAUGCGGUUCAGGGUGAUUUUUUUUCCCGCACCGAUCAAUCUGCUUGAGAUAUUUUACCCUGUCCGUUUAUAGUCCAUUAUUAUAAUGUACUACACAAUUUUCAUACUACGUUUUAUUUUCUAUUGCCCUAGCUAUCGUUUAAUAAUAUUAGGAUUUCCGUGAAAUAUAUUAUAUUUGAAAUCCAUAGAUAGAAGGAAUGGCAUUUCAUGGUUGCGCACAUUAUUAAACGAAACCAAAUUUUCGUUUUACAAUGUAAUUAGUACACAACGUAUAUACAAUUAUAUUUUUAAAAGUUAUAUAAUUUUGUCUAUCGUUUCGGAAAAACAAAUAAUUAAUUAUCGCACCAUUGCGUAAUUGAACCAUUUAAAAACAGUUUUCUGUUGAUCAGGAUUAAAAUAAUUUAUUGCAAUAAUAAUGUUAUAGAAUAAAUGACAUCAUUUUUAUCUAGUCUAUGAUAAUAUUAACAACAAGACAUUGGGUUUAUCAAUAAUGAAAUAGGUCGUAAUUUAUAAAAAGAAAAAAGGAAAAAAUAUUAUAUCAAAAAGUCUCAUUAUACCCUAUUCUUUACUCAUGAUAACGCCAAUAUCUUGAUGGAAAAUAAAUUCUUAUAAUAAACUAUACGAAAAAAUUCAAAGCGAUUACAAAGGUCUAUCGAACUACAUUAUAUGAUCAAACAUGACCAUUACUGAUUAAAUAAUAAAUAUGCAAUGAUUGGAUGUAAUAUACAAAAAAAAAAAGCAUAGGUUAUAGGUACUCGAUGACGUUGUAUUUAAUAAUAUGAUUUGAUAUGAUAUAGUAAAUACUGAUAAAUACCUUACACAUAAAUGCAUUUUAUUCAAUUUCGAUAAAAUAAAAUUUUCUCUAAGGAGUAGGUAUAUAAUUAACUCUAUGUAAGGAUCUUUUAAAAGCUCAGCUAAAAUAAAACAACCAUUGCAAUGGAAUAAAGAUGUAAUUUAAACACACCUUGUCAACACGUAAUUCGUACGUCAUUCAAACUGAGAAAUGUAUAAAAUUAAUCAUAAAUUUUAAAAACAGGCAACAGCUAACCUCGUGUUCGAUGUAUUUUUAUUAAUAAAUUACCAUACUAUAAGAACGAUAGUAGUAGUAAUAAUAAUAAUUACAGUAAUAACGAAGAUAUUUUGAAAAUAGAUUUACAGAAAACGCAACGUUCUACUUGAUACAAUAACAUUUUCUCUAGCAAUGUUGAUGAUAUAAUACGCGCCGUAUACGAAAUUACUCAAACACGAUAGUAACAUUAUUUUAAUACUAUAGUGGUACUGUCAAAGGCUAUGAUUAUUAUUCUUAAAACCAUUUCUGUUUACCAGUUAAAACAUUUUUAAUCGAAAUAUUAUUACUUAAAAUUUAUAAAAUAAACUACCUACAUCGUAUUAUCGUGAAAUAACAGUUAAAUUAAAAAAUGAAAAAUAAAAAAAUAAAAUGUUUCAUUAUUAUGCGUUGAAAUUAAAAUACUUCGUUGGUUAUACAGUAUGAUAUUGUUAUAAUUUGUAACAGCCAUAGUUUUUGGGCAUAAGUUUAAUCAAUUUUAAUCAGUUAAUGAGCGUAUGUAGUUAAUAUGUAACAUAAUAACGUUAUUGACGCAUUGACGUGUGAAAAACGCACUACAUAAUUAUUAUUAUAGACUGAAAUAUUGACGUGUACAAUUUCAGUGUGAAGGUGAAUGGGUAUAACGGCUUUUAAAUAAAAUAAUUAUAUUACCCACCAUAAUAACAAUUUAAUUAAGAGGAAAAAUAUCGAUAUUUCAACUCGACAUCGAUACCCGUGCCUUAACUGUUAUAAUUUUUAUUUUUGGAAAUCAUGCUAAAAACGAAUAUUAUUAGAGUUAUAUCACUAAUAAAACAGUUUUUUUUUUUUUUUUUGUUUAUUAUUGGAUAUCGUCUUUGAGAAUUAAUUCAAAUUCAAAUCCACACUAUAACCUGUACCAAGGGGAAGCUGCAUCGUCUGAUCGAAAUGAAUAAUUAUUGUAUUAGUAAUCAAACUUUUAUUAUUAUUAAAAUAUUUUAGUCACUUACACUUAACACGGUGCAAUAUAAAGAAUAAAUAAAUAGUCGAUCCUCGGAGUAUCAUAUAGGUCAAUGGGUACGAAACAAAAAAAUAUUAUUUUAAUAGGUAUUAUGGACCGACCCAGCCAACGGGAAAUUUCUGGCUGAGCUACUGGCGCGUUAGUGCCUCUGGGUAUAAUUCGACAAGACAUCGCGAACGCGUGCAUUAUCGUUUUACUCAAAACUUUAUAGAUAACAUCCACUUAGCUUAUGUAGGUAAACCUUGCAUAAUAUUUCGCCAUACCUACAUCCAAACAUGAUUUGUAACCAAAAUGUAGACAGACGUCGAUAUCAUAAAAAACCUUUUGCUGUUCUUAAUACCGCUACCGAUAUUAAUGUUAUUAUUAUUGUUAUUAUCAUCACUAUCAUUGCACCACCCGACUAUCGAGCGUGUGUGUACACCCGCGAGAAUAACGCACGAAUACACAACAUUAUUGCACGACGUACUAUAAUACACAAGUACAUAAUAUCGUUAUUAUUACGUACGCCGUAAAUUCGCAUCUACGCGCGAGUCGUCGGGGAUUACCGUCGUUUUUCAAUGCCCUCUUGUCUCGUCUCUAUCUCUCACACUCUGUCCUCCUAACACACCGUCGUGAUUCGCUACAUUAAACGUAAUAUCUCUACCGAUGAUGUUGUUACGUGUACUUACGCAUACACACAAACGUAUAAUAUAAUAAGUGCGUGAGAUGUUCGAUCGUCGAGCAGAUGUUAUUUCAAACUGUACAGAGCGAUCGCCGUGACGCGAAUCGGUCGGCAUGACGAAAAAUUUAAUAUUGUGUUCCCGUAGACGCGUCUCCUCCGCCGCGUGAAGUUUUAAAUAGUCUUCUCGCCGACUUGUCCGUCAGCGUAUAUAAUUAUUGUGCAACGAUCGUAUGCGACUAUUAGUACGGAACGAUUAUUAUUGGCGAUAAAACAGAUUCCGAUAAUAUUAGAAUUAUUCGUUAAGUUACCAACCAUUUAAAGCCCCAUAAUUUGCGGCGGCGACACGUGGUAGCCCAAACAACGUUACUCGCUUGGGACUUUUCUGUAAAAUGUUAAGUUGUAUAUAUACAUAUGAGCAAUAUGAAAUCUAAAAUUAAAAUCUAAACUAUAUUUUAAUCGUCUGUAGUGAGAGGCUGCGUCGAUCGAUUUGCGUUGAAAAAAUUGGCUUGUUAUGCCACAUUAUAUAGUAUAAUAUAAAUGACAUUUUUAUAAUAAUUAAACAAUCGGUAUUUGAACUGAAAAUGUAAAUUCAUUAUUUAGAAAAAUAUUUAUUUAUUUAUUUUUUUUUUUUUUGUUUUGUUUGGCCCGAUGAACUAUAA